AUGUGUCCUUUGACGGACAUGUGUGUGUCUCUCUCUGACUGUCAACACGUUGCAAUGCGAUUGCGGUACCACGACGACUUUAAAUGGGCCGCCGGUUCCGACGAAAGCUACCGAAGCCACUACCUCAACAAUGUCUACCACAACAGCAAUGACACCCGCUUCAACAACGACCCCCUCCACUACAACGACGUCUGCUCCAAGCGCUUCCUCUACAACAGCAAUGGCGCCCACUUCAAAAACGCCGCCCUCCACUACAACGACGUCUGCUCCAAGCAAUUCAUCUACAACAACAAUGGCGUCCGCUUCAACAACGACGCCUUCCACUACAACGACGUCUGUCCCAACAACGACGUCUGCUCCUACCAAUGCCACCACAACCUCAAACAUGAACACUACCACAAGAGCGACGGCCACUUCAGCCAAUGCCACCACCACGACGCCUUCCGCUACAACAGCAGCAACGACAGUCAAUGCCAACACGACAGCCACGACGUCUGCUUCUAUCAAUGCCACCACCACAGCCACGACGUCUGCUGCUAUCAAUGCCACCACCACAGCCACGAUGUCUGCUUCAAUCAAUGCCACCACGACAACAGACAUAAACGCUACCACAACAACGUCAUCAACGACAACAACAACGACAACAACGACGCCGGUGCCCACAAGCGCACAGGGGAGUCACAAGAGCAACAAACAUCGGCACACCGGCAUCAUCUUGGCCGUGUUUUUCGCUGUUUUUAUCGCCAUGUCUACUAUUGUGGCCUACGUAUGGCACCAGCGUCGUCAACGCCAAGGCCGCCUUGCCGUGCCCCUGAUGGAGCCCGACUCUGAUCAAGAUCGAGACAUUGAACUUUGAGCCGCCCCGCCCCACCCCCUGACCAAUGGAAAUAGACCACGUGAUAUUGUGGACAGUCAUGCGAUUCCCAAUAUUGUAUUAAUAUACCACACAACUGCUUUGCGUCCCUAUCAGCUCUGGUGUAAGCAUCGACGCGCGCUUGCAUGCUUUUCUCGUGCCCCAGGUUCCCCGACCCUCUUGGACCAAAACUUGCUUGUAAUCAGAAACAAAAAUUCAAGUCAAAAAUC